UACAAUGGGGCGAUUUCAUAAUGUUUGAAUGAGGCUAGAGAGAAAAUGGAAACUGAAUCAGCCUUAACCCCUUGACUAGGGCUCUAUAAAACCUGAGUUCUUUUGUGGGCCUCGUUGGGGAAACAACCCUUGUUUGGAGGAAUAGAAAAGCUUGGGUCCGCUCUGUGGAAUUUAAAGGCAUUCUGUGUUGGAGCAUAUCCUUUCCGCCAGAGAAGGGACAUCGACAUUUUCUGCUCUAUACAAAAUCUACUUGGACUAAUUGGGACUCUUAAAGACCAGAGGGCGGGGAGAAGAAACGCAUCUUUGAGAGAGUGCCGUCUUAAUACAUGUUGAUUCUCUGCCCAUGUGCAUCUACGUGUAUAUUUAAUGUUAUUGAGUGAAAGAAAGAAAUGCAGCACUCUAAUCAUAGAGGAGAAUUUGUUGUUGAGUGAAAUACAGCAGUUUGAUCAGUCCGGCAGCUCCAAGGCUUCAGCAUGCAAAAGACCUGAAAAAUUUACUAAAUACUAUAACUCAGCGAGGGAGCUCUCUGAAAAGGUUACUUGGCUAGUCACCAUCUUGGACUCAGAGUGAUCCGUGUAUAUUUAAAGGACUAUCUAACGUGUUCGAUCUCUUAUAGCUUUGCAAAUUUGCUUGCUGUUUGGGCCCUUAGGAUCUCCAGUGCAGUGAGGGCCCAAACGGCAGAUAAAUUAGUUGUCCUUCGGUUCUCCCCCAAACUUAGUAUCCUUGUUCAGGGGAAAGCAGAGCCUACUCUUUCCCUGGCCACACCCAUCAGCCUGAACCAACUACAGUUCCUUCUAGAGUGGGGUGGUGUGUGUUACAUUUGCAGAAGCAACCCCUCUUUCCCCCUGUGCAAAAUGAGCUAGUACCGCUCCCCGAAGUUUUCUGUGGACCCCGGAAGAGAGUCGCUUCACACCAAGUUCUGGGGAAGAGAGCAGCCGGGGACAGGUGCAGCUUCUCUCCUCUCACUUGGCGCUGUGUUUUGGAGAAGAAAGAUGGCCCCUCUCCUGCACCCCUUGUUCUUGCCAGCAGAGUUGGAGGAAAACCUGAUUGGUGCAUUACUGGCUAUUUUUGGGCAUCUUAUUAUCAGCAUUGCACUCAACCUCCAGAAGUACAGCCAUAUCCGGCUGGUGGGUUGUAAAGACAACCGGGCCUAUUUCAAGACCAAGACGUGGUGGUGCGGCCUGUUCCUGCUUUUGCUGGGGGAGCUGGGGGUCUUCUCCGCCUAUGCCUUUGCUCCCCUUUCCCUGAUUGUACCACUCGGAGCGGUGUCUGUCAUCGCAAGUGCAAUCAUAGGAAUCAUAUUUAUCAAGGAAAAAUGGAAGCCCAAGGAUUUCUUGAGACGCUACAUUUUAUCCUUCGUAGGCUGUGGCUUGGCCAUUGUCGGAACAUACCUCCUCAUCACCUUUGGCCCCAACAGUCAUGAGACCAUGACGGGAGAGAACAUCACUAGACACUUGGUCAGCUGGCCGUUUCUUUUGUAUAUGCUGGUGGAGAUCAUCCUCUUCUGCCUGCUGCUGUAUUUCUACAAAGAGAGGAAAGCUAACUAUAUAGUUGUGAUUUUGCUGCUGGUAGCACUACUGGGUUCCAUGACGGUCAUCACAGUGAAGGCGGUGGCGGGCAUGCUUGUGGUUUCGAUACAAGGGAACUUGCAGCUGGGCUACCCUAUUUUUUACAUCAUGGUGGUUUGCAUGGUGGCGACAGCAGCCUUCCAGGCGACGUUUUUAACCCAAGCCUCACAGCUGUACGACGCAUCCCAGAUUGCCAGUGUUGGCUACAUCUUAUCCACCACGAUAGCAAUUACUGCAGGUGCAACCUUCUACUUGGAUUUUACUGGGGAAGAUGUGCUCCAUAUAUGUAUGUUUGCCUUGGGGUGCCUCAUUGCAUUUUUAGGAGUCUUCUUGAUCACUAGAAACAAGAGGAAAUCUAUCCUUUUCGAACCUUACAUCUCCAUGGAUACGAUGCCAGGCAUGCAGAAUUUGCACGACAAUGGCACUGCUGUUCAGCCAGACCUCAAGACUUCCUUUUCCUAUGGCGCUCUGGAGAAUAACGAUGCCAUCGCCGAGAUCUACACACCUGCUACGCUACCGAUAGUUCAGGAGGAACACGGUUCGAAAGGAACAUCAGCCCCUCCGUAUCGGGUCAUGGAGCACAGCAAAAGAGAGUGAAUACUCUUUCAAGGGACUGGUACACAAUGCCUCUGGAUGCAUGGUCUCUUUAUUUAUUUAUAUAUAUCUCUAUCUCACUCACUCUUAGAUCUUCUGCAACAAAAGGUCAGCCUAGGUAUGGUUUAAGUAUCAAAUCCUAACUUCAAAGUCUGAGUCUUGGCAAUCAAGAAUUCCCCUCUGUUUAUGCAAAAGCAUUCCUUGCUAUAUUUCAGUACAAAUCAAAUCUUUAUUGUUUCGGUCAAUCGACCAGCAAAACACAAAGUACAAAUAUCUCAAUACAGUCAUCGCCAACCGCGGGUUUCCCAAUCGCAGUUUUAAGUAUCCGCGACUGGGAAAUUGUGGCAGGUCUUGCGAACUGCAACCCGAGUAUCUGCAGUCUAGUGAGAAUUUUUGACAAUCGGUGGGGGGGUGCAAUUUGGGGGCUCAGGGGAUGAUUUUGGGGGGGGGUGAUUUUUGGUUUUCCCCUUCACUCCUCUUACUGACUCAAGGCGAUUUGGAGGGAUUCCCCCCCCCCUUUAUCUGUAUUUUGUGUUCCUUUCAUGACCAUGGUUCCCCAAACCCUCUCUUUGCCAUUGAUUUCAAUGGCUUGCCAACCGCGAGAUUUUCCCAGAAUGGAACCCUCACAGUUGACCAAGGAUGACUGUAGUAACAGGAUGUGAAUGGCUACAUCAGGUGAACUGAAGAGGGUCAUGUGCAGUGUUCCCUGCAACAUGGAUUCCCAGAUGUUGACUACAACUCCUAUAAUCCCCAGCCAAAGGCCAUUGCAAAUGGGGGCCAUGGGAGUCGUAGUCAACAACAUAUGGGAAUCCCUGUUACAGGGAAGACUGGUGACGUGGUAGUUAUAACAUUGCUGACCAAACUCUCCAAGAGCGGAUUUAGACUGUUGUACUGGGGCCGGUUCCCACACAGCCCCAGUGCAUAGACAGCAUAAGUCAGGGUGCAAUCAAAGCCUUGAGUUCUCCUCCUUGCCCAGAACUUGUGAAUGUAAAUUCCUGUGCAAGUAAACUCACUUCUACAGUCCACCUACUGCUUUUCUAGCAGGAGGAGAAAACCUUGCAGGCCACUGAAGUUUGAAGAUCUCAGACCAAGCCUCUCUUGUUCAUGUUCUCCUCUCCAAACUUUCCCCUGGCUUUCACAUACAUCUCCUAAAAAUACAUUGGCUCAGAUCUAGACUACUGAAAAUGGGUAUAGAAGGUGGGGCUGUGCAUCUGCUUCAGCAACCUUCUGCACUCAGGCUGUGCCCAGUGAGAAGGGCAAAUUUCCCCUAAGAUUGCCUUGCAACUGGUAGAAAUAUGUCCCUGAGGGUUGUGUGGCCACCGGGGACAUACUUCUCUGUUGCAGUGAAUGUCGUCCAUCGCUCCUCCCACUGUAACUGCUCUCUGACAUACAAAAAUAUGUCCCUGAGGGCUACAUGCCCAUUGCAUGCUGGGCAACUCAAAACUAGUUCCAGUCCUCCAAAGUGGGUGUGCAGCUCACAUUACCUCCCAUGACCUCAUUGCUGCCACCGCCCCCCCCCAAAGCAUGGUUGGUUGAUUCCUCAAUGUUUCUAAAGGCCCAGAUUGAACUCCCAGGUGUGACACAGCAAAUGCUGUAUUAAAAUGAAGUGGACUCUAGGAGAUUACAUUUGGCAUUCUCAGGUUAAUGUUUGUUCGCUUUCUGUGGCUGCAGUGAUUUUUAAAAAAGGAAGAUUAGGACAAUUCACCACUUGGAUAUAGUAUGCUGUGUAUGUGUAGAAGGCAAGAAAUGCUAUUGCAUUCCCCAAAUGUUUUGUCUUCCAGUUCUCCACCCCACCCCCCCGAAGAUUGCUUUUCUCAGUUUUUUGGAUACAUCUUCGAUGCUCGGCUGUUUGCCCAGGUUAAAAUUUUGCCUAAUGCAUACAUUUUGUCAAGAUAACCAUUGAAGUGAGGUCCUAUGCAAGGUGAUCAUCUGAGGCAUGUGUGACUGGAGGAUCCAUCACUUUGGAGCUGGCAAGCUGUGUGAAUUGGGCUCAUGUUGCACUCAGAUUGAUUUGAGAUUGCCAGAAUAUAGGUGCAUUAGGGCAGGGGUUCUCAAAACCUGGGUGUCCAGAUGCUCCUGGACUACAACUCCCAUCAUCCCUAGCCACAGUGGUCUUUGUGGCUGGGGAUAGUGAGAGUUGUAGUCCAGCAGCAUCUGGGGACCCAAAUUUGAGAGUGCCUGCAUGAUGGGGCUAGAACAUCUGGAUUUCCCAAGCUCACAAAUAUUAAACCAGACCUGCGCAACUUCAUCCGUGGUUGGACUACAACUCCCAGCAUCCCCAGCCACAUGGAUGAUGGGAGUUGUAGUCCAGCAUCUGCAGGAGGGCAGAAUAAGAUGUACAGCCCUAGAUUAAACUUUUCCUUUUCGUGUCUGCCUGAUGUUUGCACUUAAAUUAUUCUUGCUUUUCUCAUACAUACAUGCUGUACACAGCAAUACCAUGAUGGCUCCUCCUCCUUGUAUAUGUCUAAUUAAGGCCUGGUCUGCACAUACGGCAGGCUAAAGUUGUAGAAUGGACUCAUUUCAGAUGGCGGAUGGGAGAUUACUUCUUGGAUUCUCCCCGCGACAGGGAGCAGGCUGGGACAGAACCUGUUCUCUCUGCUUGUUUGCAGUGAUUAUUUUUAUGAGACAGCAUUCAAAAAUAGCUCCCUAAUCUGCAGUCCAUUCUUCCACUUAAAUCGGCUGUGUAUGUAGACCAGGCCAAUCUGAUACUUCCACUCAUGAAUUAAAAAGUUACUUGUUCCCUUA